CUGAUCCUGGACCCCGUAUCAUCGAUAAUAGCAAUUCCGUUCAACGCAAACUAUUUUAUUCUAUUUUCUAUUUCUAUUUUCAUAUUCUGUUGACAUGGGGGCUCUGCUCCCGGGGCGAUAUUAUUAUUGUUAGAUAAGCUCAGGACGUGUCAUUUAUUUGUCGAUUAUUCCUCCGGUUUUGGUACGCAAACGCAACGCCUUAGGAUUUACAUGACGAUCCAUCGCCAUGUCUCGUGUUCAGCAAAGUCGCCAGGACCCUAUUGUGAUGGUCAUUGAUUUUCACCAUGCUAGGGGUCCUGAGAUUGAAUUAUGCGUUGGAGACGAGGGAACGGAUCCCGCGACAGAGAAUGACUGGUCUUUACUGCCGUUCAUGGCAUUAUCUGACGGAGCGCAUGCAUCAACCGAGGAGUUUUCCUACUUCACCCUCCGUCGCGUCGAGACACCCACGAAACCCGCAACAUCGCUCUUCGGUAUUGCCUGUUCCAGACAGAUAGACGCGAAUACCCUCCUCUACAGUCCCCCUGAUGUGACGAGGUCGACGGUGCAAAAGGCUGUCGUGGUCGUUACAGACAGUCCGCAGAGGGUUGGGCAGUUGAGGGAGAAAUUGUCGGUUGUGACGUCAGCGUGGUUUGCGCAGCGGAACUUCUCGGAUGUCGAUAUCUUGAGGAAAUUCCGCGAGGGCCUCGUUAUUAGCCUCAAAAGUGAUGAAGCGAAGAACGAUCAAAACCUUGGGCUCUCGAUGCGAGAGAUGAUCCAUGAAUUCAAAUAUCAAACCCUGGUCUUGUUCAAGGCUCUGCUUCUACAACCAAAGAUGCUCUUUUUCGGUUCGCGUUGCGAACGUCUAUGCAUGAUUCAAUUCUCCCUGAUCUCCCUGAUACCCGGCCUCUUGAAUCACCUUGAAGACUGCGCGGACCCGGCAUUCGACAACUACACGCAAAAUGCUGAGAAGCCAACCACACUGAAGACCAGUGAGAGAGGUUCUAUGCUAGCAUAUACAGGUUUACCUCUGCAGAUAUUCGGAAAGGGCAGCAUGUUCGGUCCUUAUACACCGCUCCAGCAGCUGGAUCUGCUGGCGGAUUCCGGUACCAAGUCAUACGUGGUUGGGUCUACAAAUUCGCUUCUUUUACAACAGAAGGAUCGUUACAGUGAUAUUCUAAUUAAUCUCGACGAAGACACUGUUAAUAUUUUAUCUCCCUCCUUCCGAAACGCACUCACCCUCUCCGCAGCUGACAGGCGUUGGAUCGAUUUCCUGACACAGGUCAUCAACGAGACUUGGGACGAGGCUCACCCGCAACGACCCAAGACCCACGGCUACAUGGGUUCAGAAGAGUUUAUCCGACUACAGUUCGAAGAGUACCUACUUGCACUACUUUCCUGCAUGAAAUACCACGAAGACCUCAACUCGUUCAACGCAGGCGAAACAGGGCACAAGAGCAAGGAGCAGCUGGAAGCAUUCAACAUCGAAGGAGACCCAGCCCUAGAAUUCAACGCAGAAUUCCUCGCGCAAUGGCAAACAACACCCAACUACGCUCUCUUCAAGCGGCUCACCUCUGACGCGCUCCUCUUCUCAAUUGUCGAACCCCGCCAUCCCUGCGCCGGUGGUCUCACAAUUGAAGACGUCCAACGACGACUCUCCCAACAAGUUGCAGAACUCCACCUUGACGAUCGCGUCCGCGAAGGCAGGGAAGCAAUAAACCGCCACCUCUCCACAGGCCAAAAGAAAGUCAGCGCCGUCUUCAACAGCUUCUGGUCCGACAUCGACACGAUGCGCGAAGCACAGCGGGAAAAGAACGAGGAAAAAGAGAAAUCCUCCCAAUCGCAACGCUCCUCCCUGGAACGGACCAACUCCCUGCCGCCAAACACCUCAGACACAGCCUCGAUAACCUCAAGCACCGGUACGGGUUCCACAUCGUGGUUUGCGAACCGCAAAGCCCCCACGGUCGAUGUCGCUCAGGCGCAAGCAUCUGUCAGCGCCGCAGGCCAGAAAGCAGGUUCUUACAUUAGCUCCUGGGGAAGCUGGGCCAGCGAGAAGAAGAGAGAAUGGCAGGAAAAGAGAGCCACGGCUUCAUCCUCCUCAUCUCCGUCUUCCCCUACUACCGUUGCUGUCGCAUCCCCAUCCACACUAACACUAGGCAGCAUCUCAGAGGUCACCCCCGAAGCCGACCGCGGCCGCACCCGCUCCAUGCCGCGUCAUAGCGAGGACUCAGCCAGCACGCUCUCUCGCAGCAGGAGCCGACGAAAGCGGUGGAGUAAUAUCCUGUUGCGACGGGAUAGCGGCGAAUCCAGUCUCUCGCCCAGUCGGAAGGAUGAUAGCAAUGAGAGCAGCGAGGGGGAGACGAAAUAUCCGAAAUCGCCCUUGUCGAGGGAAGCCCCGAUUGCUGAGUCUGUGGGGGCGAGUGAUAAAGCGGAGAACGUUAAGGCGAAGGAGGCGAAGACUAUGACUGAGGCUGAGCAUACGAAUGGUUCUUCGUCGGAGUCGUCAAAACAGGAACCUGCUGAGAAGACAUCAUCUAUGACACCAUCGCAGGAAACAACAGGGAGCUCCCACGCAAAUGAAGUGAAGGAUACCAUUGAAACGCAGCAUGCAUCCUAA